AUGUUUUCGCUUAGUAGCACAUUGCAACCGCAGGUUACAGUACCGCUAAGUUACCUGAUUACGGCAUUUCACUCUCCCAAAACCACAGCGUACUUCCCAAGCUCUGCCUCUCUGAAGGUCGUCCAACGUGAAGUAACCACUGACAGUGAGACAUACAAUACAGAGCCCGUGUUCAACCUGCGGGACUUGGGUUUAUCUGAGCUACGAACUGCGCAGCUUGAUAAGAUCUUCACAAGACUUCUUCCUGGCUUCUUUGUUGAUGAAAAGAAACCCUCAUCACACUGGCACACAUCCCAUAUAUCUGCACAGUCUUUCUUUGAAAAUAAAAAUGGCUAUCCCAGCACUAUAAAUGCUUUACGUCCUCACCGCCACCAGCAGCAGCUAAGCCCACUGAAGCAAGUUUGUGCAGAGCUGCAGCAAUGGCCAGUAUAUACACAGUCUCGAGGAUUCAAGACGGUCCACCCAAAUGACAAACAUCUCCAGUCAACCCCUGAGCGUAUUGCAGCCACUGAAAGCUCUGCACCGUCCUUUCUGAAUGGUUUUUUAAGGAGGUCUAGGAUUCCAGAUGUGGAAAGCAAGGAAAAGAUUGUCAAAAGUCAUGUUCUUGAUGCACAGCAGGAAGCAUUUAGGACUGGUUUUUCAGAAGGAUUCGCAAAAUCACAAUCUGUGUCUCAGAAGAGCACAGAGACACUGAAGAGAACACGGUACAUGGUAUUAGCUGUGUUAUUAAUCGGAAUCUACGCCUUAUCCAAAACAAUAUUUUUUCCAGUCCGUUUCCGGACGACUGGCCUUGAUGCAUCUGUAGAUCCAGUCCAGAUUAAAAAUGUAAAGUUUGAGCAUGUAAAAGGGGUUCAAGAAGCAAAGGUUGAAUUACAGGAAGUGGUUGAGUUCUUGAAAAGUCCACGGAAGUUUACUGUUUUAGGUGGAAAGCUUCCAAAAGGUAUUCUGUUAAUUGGACCACCUGGCACAGGGAAAACCCUCCUGGCUCGAGCUGUCGCUGGGGAAGCUGAUGUUCCUUUCUAUUACGCAACAGGCUCAGAGUUUGAUGAGAUGUUUGUUGGGGUUGGAGCCAGUCGCAUAAGGAAUUUAUUUAGGGAAGCUAAGGCUAAUGCACCCUGUGUUAUAUUUAUCGAUGAGUUGGAUUCAGUUGGAGGUAAAAGGGUUGAAUCACCCAUGCACCCAUACUCCAGACAAACAAUAAACCAGCUCCUGGCGGAAAUGGAUGGAUUUAAGCCAAAUGAAGGUGUUAUAAUCAUAGGAGCAACAAAUUUCCCUGAAGCCUUGGAUAAUGCAUUGGUGAGACCUGGACGCUUUGACAUGCAAGUCACAGUUCCCAGGCCUGAUGUGAAGGGUCGUACAGAGAUUCUCAAAUGGUACCUCGGAAAAAUCAAAUAUGAUGAGUCGGUUGAAGCUGAAAUCAUAGCCCGUGGCACUGUGGGAUUCUCAGGAGCAGAGCUGGAGAAUUUAGUUAACCAGGCUGCCUUGAAAGCUGCUGUGGAUGGGAAGAGCAUGGUUACUAUGAGGGAACUAGAGUUUUCCAAGGACAAGAUUCUUAUGGGACCAGAGAGAAGAAGUGUAGAAAUAGACAACAAGAAUAAAACGAUCACUGCUUACCAUGAAUCUGGCCAUGCUAUUAUUGCGUAUUUUACCAAAGAUGCAAUGCCUAUCAACAAAGCGACAAUCAUGCCUCGGGGGCCAACUCUUGGUCAUGUGUCUCUUCUGCCAGAGAAUGAUCGGUGGAGUGAGACAAAGUCUCAGCUGUUAGCUCAGAUGGAUGUAAGCAUGGGAGGAAGAGUGGCAGAGGAAAUCAUUUUUGGGCCAGAGUAUAUCACCCACAGGGGCUUCUAAUGACUUUGAUGGUGCUACAAAAAUUGCAAAGCUCAUGGUGACCAAAUUUGGGAUGAGUGAAAAGCUUGGAGUCAUGACAUAUUCUGAUACAGGAAAACUGAGCCCAGAAACACAAGCUGCUAUUGAACAAGAAGUUCGCACCCUGCUUAAGGAUUCUUAUGAACGGGCAAAACGUAUUUUAAAGUGUCAUGCCAAGGAGCACAAGAACCUGGCGGAAGCUUUAUUAUUGCACGAGACAUUGAAUGCCAAAGAGGUUCAGAUGGUAGUAGAAGGAAAGAAGCUGGAAACAAGAUAA